GAGGACUGAUACUCGGAGGAUGGCUGUCGAUGGAGGAACUGCAGUCUUCAGCGCUACUUAAGAGACCCAGAACUUGUUUAUCAGUUGAAAAGUUUUUAUUUGACCGAGAGUGAUGGAAAAAGACCCAAACCGGAAAAUGGAAUACAGGCUGGAGUUAAUGGUUCUUCUUGUUCUGCUGACAGCAGCUUCAUCCGUCGCCCUGAGCAGAGAAGAGUUUACAGAAGCGGUGGCGUAUUUAAGGAAGUAUGGCUAUCUUCACAUCCCACUGGACGGUAAAGGCCGAAACCAUCCACCUGAGGAGAUAGUGGAAGCCCUAAGAAUCUUUCAGAAAGCGACAAACCUGCAACUAUCAGGAAAACUAGAUUCAGCCACUCUGGCGAUGAUGAACAAACCUCGGUGUGGACUGGAAGACUCUUUCAAUGACAGAUCUCUUAAAUAUCGAGUCAUGGGUCACUGGAAGAAGAAGAUGCUGACCUACCGCAUCUAUAGUUACACCCCUGAUUUGGGUCAGACAAAGACCCGUUUGGCCAUCCAGAGUGCAUUUAAGUACUGGAGCGACGUGUCACCUUUAAGGUUCAAGGAGCUGCGAGGAGGACGAGCGGACAUCAAAAUCGCCUUUCACAGGAAAGACAAGACGUGUUCAGUUCCCUUUGAUGGAAGAGGUCGUGUUUUAGCCCACGCUGACGCCCCUGAGUCAGGCAUGGUGCAUUUCGACGCAGAUGAAGUGUGGACAGAGGGGAAGACCUCCGGCUAUAACCUGAGGAUUGUUGCAGCCCACGAGAUCGGCCACGCUCUCGGCCUGGGCCACUCGCAACACCACAGCGCACUGAUGGGACCUGUUUACAACGGAUACCGCUCAGACUUCAAACUGCAUUCGGAUGACAUACGAGGGAUCCAGGCAUUAUACGGAAAGCCAGAGAAGACUCCUCCAUCCAGAAAGCCAAGUCACUCGGUGCCAGGAGUUAUACCAGAUCCUUGCAGGGCCACAGUGGAUGCAGUAAUGUUGGGUCCUUUGCGUAAGACGUAUUUCUUCAGUGGUCAGUAUGUGUGGACGGUGUCCAGCUCUGGCUACAACACUCCCAUCCUGAUCUCUGCGCUGUGGAAGGAGCUGCCAGGGAGCCUCAAUGCAGCUGUUCACUCUCAGCGGACCAGCAAAUCCUAUUUUCUGAAAGAAGACAAAAUAUGGAGAUACUCAGGCUUCAAACUUGACCAUGGUUUCCCCAAACGCUUGACCAACAUCCCUGCUAACAUUGACUCAGCCUUGUACUUCAAUAAGAACAGAAAAAUUAUCUUUUUCAAAGGCUCUGGAUACUGGCAGUGGGAUGAAAUUGGCCCGUCAGACUUCAGUUCAUAUCCCAAACCUGUUGGACAACUCUUCCACGGGGCGCCCAGCAACACUGAUGCUGCAUUCACAUGGACAGACGGACAUAUCUACUUGUUUAAAGGCACCCAGUACUGGCGUGUAAACCAGCACCACCGAUCAGUGGAGAAGGCUCUGAGCACGGCCACACACUGGAUGCAGUGUGACGACUGAGCCACCAGAGGCCACCGGGGAGUUGACAUAAACUUUAUCCUGCACAAUGAUUCAGUGUAACAGCAGAGAGAUGCUUAUUUAUUUUAACCCUGAAUUCCUCGUGUGAGGAAUUAUUAUUAAUUAUUAAUAUUUUUGAGGCAAAGUCUGCAUGAAAUCGAGAACAAAUUAAUAUUUGCAUGUUGUAAUAUUUCUUUUUACAUCAGUGAUUUAUUGGUUUAUUGUCCAACAGUCUCCAUUUAUCUCCUUAAUUUAACUGCAUAUGUUGAAUUCAUUGUUUAUAACCCGUUACAUUUGAACUUCAGAAGAAUUACAACCCAGUCGACCCUUACAAAAAGAAGUAUACCUCAAGUUUAUUAUACGAAGUAAACUCAGUUCAAGUAUAUUCCCAAGGAUACUUUAUGCAAUAAGUAUACUAGUAUCAAUGUACUAGUAGUAUACUUUUAAGUGUACUACUUCAAUACAUCUUGGGACUAAAUUGGCCCACUUUUUAGUUUAUAAAAGUAUACAUUUAAAUAUACUUUAAAUAAACUUUGAGUACACAACUAGUUUACAUCCAAGUUG